AUGUUUGCAGAUAUCGACUACAAGGAAUAUCUGGCAGAUCCGUCGCCAUCUGCUAUGCAGUCGGUUCGGGAUGUUGUUGAUGACCUCAUCUGGCGGUACACGUCGGUCCUGAUGGCACAACCCUUCGAAGUGGCCAGGACCAUACUUCAAGUUCGCAGCCAUGACGACGUUCUCGCUGUUGCGGUCCCUGACUUGGAGCUCGCAAAACAAGAGAUAACACCUUCUUAUGAAAGCGUUAUGCCAAACUCUUUCGCCGGCUAUGAUUCCGAUUUAGACGAGCCCAACUAUUUUGCACCGAACGUGCCGAAUCCCUCGUCCACCUUGUAUCCGGCUCAAAGGCAAAGGAGUUCACCUUCAUUGCCGCCGUCACAAGUUGCCAACCCAACGGUGCCGCUCCCCUCUUACAGACUCGAACUUCAAAAGGCGAAUUCUAUUGUCGAGGUCAUAUCGCAGUUGUGGCAGAAAGAGGCUGCUUGGGGUGUCUGGAAAGGGACCAAUGCAUCCUUCCUCUACACUGUUGUGCAGUCCCUCCUUGAAAAUUGGUCAAGGAGUCUACUCAGCGCUUUGUUUAACGUCCCAGACCUAGGUCUGAAGGAUGACGUCGACCGCUUGAUCGAUAUUGCGUCUCCAUACCCUUGGGCGUCUCUAUUUGUUGCAGCGGCAGCAGCUGUAACCACAGGCCUGGUUUUGUCGCCUCUGGACCUUGUCCGAACAAGGCUCAUUUGCACACCAACAUAUCGCCAACCGCGACGAGCACUCUCUCUUCUCCGCAACUUGCCCUCCCUCGUGUGCUCGCCGGCACUGGCCAUUCCCACUAUUCUUCACUCUCUUAUCCACCCCCUUCUGACACUUUCUACACCUCUCAUACUGCGAUCGCAGUUCUCGAUUGAUAGGGUUGCAUAUCCUUUUACGUUCUCAGUUGCAAAAUUUUGCUCAUCAUCUUUUGCGCUGUUCGUCAAGCUGCCCCUGGAGACCGUGCUGCGGCGAGGACAGGCUGCCAUUUUGAACUCGCCAGAGUAUGUGCAGGCCCUUGAACCGGCACCGACAACUGCUGGCAGCGAAAUGGCGCAGUCGACGGGCAUGGAAACUAUUGUGCCACUAGGCAAGUACAUGGGCAUUUUCGGAACCAUGUACCACAUUGUUUCUGAGGAGGGCCGCGUGCCUGUCUUGGACCCGCUUCAAAAGAUUAAGCCCCAUUCGAGGAAAGCGAAGACAAAAGUCGCCCAGGCUGUGUACCGACAGGGCCAAGGCAUGGAGGGCUUAUGGAGAGGCUGGAAAGUAAGCUGGUGGGGAUUGGUCGGGCUGUGGACAGCGGCUACAAUCGGCCAUGGUGGCGACGGCGAGUUCUGA